AUGGCCAAACUAAUAUGCUGCAGAGCUUCACCAACAAUCUUUCAUCUACUACAAGCAAGACAAAUUAUGGAAUCGGAGAUGAUGUGCAAUGCCAGCCAUUUGCCGAGCCCUGUGACCUUGGAGAUUUCCCAUCAUCCUCUGACCAUGAGGCGGAUGGUGAACCUGGUCAUUGCCAUGGAGCGCAUCAAGAGCAGUGUGGCCCAGUCCUUUCUGAGCCCUGACUUCAGAGACCAGGACUUUCUCAGCAUCAUGCUGGAAAGCUUAGUAGAAGAAAGAUUUGUAUCGGAAUUGUUAGCAGCACAACCUGAACAGAAGUUCACAUUAGUGCCAGAGGUGGGGCCUCAGUGCUACAGUGUGGAAGACAUGCAAAAGAGAGACCUUGUUCUUGUGACAGAGAGCAUGAAGCUCCAUGCAGUCAUGCUGCAGGCAGGCAGUAGCAGCUACAAAGUUAACCUGAACAUGUUGAGAUAUCGACCACCUGUUCCAAGUACUGAGCAACCAGUGGCCUUGGGCAUCAGAGGCACGCAGUACUAUCUGUCCUGUUACAUGGAUGGAGAGGAGGCCAGCCUGCACGUGGAGACUGUGUCAAACACUGACCUACUUUCAAGCAUCAGCGAAAACAGUGACAUGGCACGUUUCAUUUUCUACAAGCACGUAACUGGUCAGAACGUGACCACGCUGCGCUCUGCACGUUUCCCUGAGUGGUACAUCAGCACCAAGGAGGAGGACAAUGAGGCUGUCUACAUGUGUAAGGAGGCCUCCAGCAGCAGCACCUUCACCAUCCAGCCAGUUAGUUAG